CGCUCGCCGCUUCCUGCCCUCAGCGGCGGCGCAACCGCGGGCGAGGCGGCAGCAUUGCCCCACCGCCAGCACCCCCAAACCCCACACGGACCCCGGCUCCCGCCCCGGGUUUGGGGGUCCUGGCCGGCGGAGGGACCGGCGGCCCCAUGGACCACGAGCGUCCCCUCUUCGUCACCUUCAGACCCGAGGACAACGCAGCCAGCGCCCAGCCGGGGCCUGGCGCAGGCCCCGAGAGCGGAGCAGCCCCCGGAGCAGCCCCCAGAUGCUCAGGGCAGGGUAGGACGAGGGGCAGUGAAGGGUCCGGCCCCCCAGCUCCCCACCCCAGCACUCUCAGCCACCCGCAGGCGCUGCCGGGGUGGCCCCCGGCCGGGGGGGGUGCGCAGCCGGAGCUGGUGGCCCUUUGGGCGCGCACCAGGCUGUGGUUCGAGCAGACGCAGGCGGGGAGGUUGGGAGCCGAGGGCGAGCUCCCAGCCUGGUUCCACGGCUUCCUCAGCCGCAGGGACACGGAGCUGCUGCUGCGGGACCGGCCGCCGGGCUGCUUCUUGGUGCGCUUCAGCGAGAGCACCGUGGGCUUCGUCCUGUCCUACAGGGGCAGGGAGCGCUGCAGGCACUUUGUGCUGGACCAGCUGCCCGACGGGCGCUACGUGAUCCUGGGGGAGUGCAGCGCCCACGCCGAGCUGGGCGCGCUGCUGCGGCACCAUGCCACCGCCCCCAUCGCGCCCUACCGAGAGCUCCUGACCGUGCCGUGCCCACGGCAGGAGAAGCCCCCCGGGGGGGUGCAGCCCCCCAGCAGCACCUCCCCAUCGCCAGCGACCCCAGCAUACAGCACCGUGGCCAAGGGGCCACCAGGAGCCAGGCAGGUGGCCACGGACGGCACCGAUGGGGGCUCCGGGGAGGCUCCCAGCACCCCUCCGCCGCUCCCGGCCAAGGUGGGCUCCUCGUCAGCCCCCCAGGGGCUACUAAUCCGGGCUGGGAGCGGAGGGGCAGCCCCCGAGGGUCCCUCCAGCCAGCGUGAAGCCGUCCCCCCCGAGCCCCCCGAGGCCAAGUACCAGCAGCUCGUGCGCUUCCACACCUACGCCGAGCCCCGCGAGCGCACGGAGCCGGAGGAGCCCAUCCCCUUCUACGCCAUGGGCCGGGGCUGCGAGCCCCCCCCCGAGGAGAACGUCUACUCCGAGGUGGCCCCAGCCCAGAGGGAGCUGCCCCCCCUGCUCCCCAGGGGGGCGCGGGGUCCCCUCUCCACGCUGCCCCCCCCCAAGGCAAGGGCGCCCACCAAGCCUGCGCACCGCCGCCUGUUCCGCAGCUUCUCCAGCCAAGCUUCCAGGAGGAGGCAGCCCCCAGCGGCCCCCAGCGUGGGUGGGGGGCUGAGAGGAGCCCCCAGCCCACCCCUGGAGACCCCAAGGAACCCCUCCAUGGAGUUUGACGACCCCAUUUACGGGCAGAGGAAGAGCAGCGCCACGAGAACUGCAGCCCCCCCGGGGCAGGAGGGGCAGGAGAACAUUUACGAGCAGCUUUCCGGAGAGGAGCGACCCUGAAAGGUCCACGGGAAAAACCUCAACCGCCUGCCCAAAACACAUCCCCCUCCUCUGCACCCCAACGAGCCCCUGGUUGUGGGGCACAGCCCCACGGAAGGAGCAGCCCCCCCAAAGCAGAAACCGGCCCCUCGGCAGCCCCAAACCCAUGGGCAGCACCCGAGGGCUCCGCAGCGGGAUCCGAGCGCCCUUCCCACGGGAGCGAGAGGGCUCCGAGGGGGCAGGAAGGAGGCGCCGAAUUCAUCUUCGCAGAAGGAGGAGGCUCGGAAUAGAAGCAGGGCGGAGGAGGAGGAGGCUGCUCUAGGAAAAACAGGCGGCUUCCAAGCAGGGCUGCUGCCUCCGGAUCCUGACACCGAGCUGGCUGCGAGCCGGAGAGGUGCCGCGAGGCCAAAACUGCCCGCAGGUGUCUCCAGGCUCAGCCACAAAAGCCAGAAAAAAAGCCAAAAAAGCCAGGAAAAAAGCCACGAAAAGACAGAAAAAAAAAGCCACAAAACCCAGAGCUGCCCCGUGGUGUUCCCUGCACCCCCUGAACCCCGAGCUCCUCGCCCUGGCCGCGGUGCCAGCGGCCGCGGGGCUCCAGCGGGGUCCUGGUGCGGGCACAAGGGAGGCAAAAACCCGAGCUCGGAUGUGUUGGAGCCUCAAAGUGGUGAGGGGAAGGGAGGCCGGGGGUUACCUCUGGGAAAAUCGCCGCUGUUUUCCCCCCCCGGAGCCUUUCCUCGGUUGCUGUCGCCCGGCCGAAAGCAGAGCAAGAGGCGGCCGCUGCCAUCGCCCUCCGCGCAGCUCCCCUCUGGUGUUAAAAAUGGGCAAUUACACGAGGAAACGGGAAAAAUUCGAGUCUCUGCGAGCUGCCCUCGCCCCCAGGCCACCAGGACAAGGUGGGCGAAACCUGGAUUUUUUACCAAAAAAAAUAACAGAGCAGAGAGCAAAAGCCACGGAGCUGCUGCUCAGGACCACCGCGUUUGGCAAAGGCACCAAAAUGAGCGGUUUUGGACCAGUUCUGCCCCAAAACACCUGGGGAAGCACCGCCUCGAGCCCCCCGUGCUGGAAACAGGCGGGGGUCGGUUCAGUUCAAAGUUUAUUCCUUUAUCAAAUCUCUUUGCAGAGGAUUUUCGGUGUACAGAGAAGAAACGAAUAAAUUACCGGACAGGAACUUUAUUCCGCUCGUUCAGAUACUCCAAAGGGGCUCUGCAAAGUCCUAAAACAUCCAGGGAGCUAAACUAGAAAUCGGGGUCAUCUGCAAACAGCCUAAGAAAAGAAUUCGCUCAGCGGGGUUCGGUUUUUGUUUGCUUGUUUUUAACAGGUAACGUGGGAGGGGAAAAAAAAAAAAAAAAA